CCCCAAUCUCACGACCUCUUCUCAUCGACAAAGCCGAUUUGUCGAGGCGACACGAAGCAAUGCAGCCCCGUUGUGUGCGCUGAUGACGAAGUGAAGAAAGGCAAAAAGGCCCAGACGAUGCGAAACUGGAAAUAGUUCUCGUGCUCACUUCACCUUCCCUGGGUUCUCUCUCUUUCACUCCCUCUCUUCUCUUUUUAUUUACAUACUCUGGGGAUACAUCUUGUUUAUGUUUCACCUUGCAUUUAGGAUCAAAUGAUACCAAUGUAAUCGCUUGGGUGUUAUUCUUUCCAUUAAUUUAUCGUCUGAAAUGGAAUUUGAAUUUUUCCUGAGAGGCUUAGCAUCUAGCUGCGAUAAAGUGAAGUUUGUUUUCUUUCAAAGAUCGUCUGUUGGAACUAUGGGAGUACGAUGCUUAAAUUCAACAUGAAGGUUUAUGUGGGGAUAAGAAAAUGCCUCUGCAGCAAAUCCGGGUGACCCCCGCUGAUCGAAAAAACACAAAUGAGAAAGAAAAAGUCAAGUAUGAUUCUAAACACGAAACCUUCAGUCCUGGGUCCCCGACGUGCCCUCGCAUGGAUCGUCGCCACUCGUCGCAACCAUCGACGGUGUCGAGCUCCCUGGGGGGGAACGUGGACAUUUGCCGCAUCUGUCACUGCGAGGGAGACGCUGAACUACCCCUCAUCUCCCCCUGCUUCUGUGCUGGCUCUUUGCGCUACGUCCACCAAUCCUGCCUCCAGCAGUGGAUCAAGAGUUCAGACACGAGAUGCUGCGAACUCUGUAAAUUCCAGUUCAUCAUGCACACAAAGAUCAAGCCAUUUCGAAAGUGGGAAAAGCUGGAGAUGUCCCCUGUUGAGCAACGAAAAGUGCUCUGUUCCAUCACUUUCCAUGUGGUAGCCAUUACGUGUGUGGUGUGGUCCCUGUACGUACUCAUCGACCGAACUGCCGAGGAGAUGCGGACGGGCGUUCUCGAGUGGCCCUUCUGGACUAAGCUGAUCGUGGUUGCGAUCGGAUUCACGGGCGGACUCGUCUUCAUGUACGUCCAGUGCAAGAUGUACGUGCAGCUCUUCAAGAGGUGGCGAGCCUUCAACCGCAUCAUCUAUGUGCAGAAUGCGCCUGAGAAGUGCUGCCAACAGCAAGCUGUCUAUUCCGCGGCCGAGAUGACCGCUAACGUACUCGCAAAGAGCGAGGAGAAGCGGUUCUCCCCGGACGAGGAAGAGUUCCACAGCUGCCAGAGUGGCAGUAGCGAAAGUGUUAGUGACGGCGAGGGCCCCAAUGAAGAGGGGGCUCCUACCGCCACAACUAAUGCCACCCUCAUCCUGGCCAACGCGGCAGAGACUGGAUCAACCAAAACGACGUUGACAUCUGUGACUGACAGUGCCCCGACGAAUGAGGACGCUCUCGGUGGUCAUCCCCUCAGCGAAGUUGUCGUCGUUUCGAAUGUCGAAGACGAUCUUCCACCCCCACCACCCUUGGUGGUCAGAGACGUCACCCCAUGCACAGGGGACGAGGCGUCUCUGAGGGACGCUUUUCUUACUAGGCAACUGCAACAAACCGCCAGCUGAGGGUCUUUUAGACCCUUGUAGACAAAGUGAUGGAUGUUAAGCCAUGAUCACGUUGAUUCCUUCGCACGCUGCAUCAAUUCCUCACCAUGUUCUCUUAUAGAAGAUCUUCAUUCUGAGACAAUUGGUAGCUUCUUCGAUUAAAUUUAAAUAAACAUGGCAUUAAUCGGUUUUCCUAACUGGAUGGAAGUAUUUUUAUUCAGAAAUAAUUUUUAUUGAUCAGUAAAAACUGUAGGCUUCACUAAUCAGAAAGUCGAUGCACCUGAGAAUCUGAUUGGUGCAAUGAAGCUAUAUAAAGUUUUACGCCAUUCUGUGAAAAGAAGCUACGCCGUGGUAGAAAACUUUUCAUGAGUUUAAAAUUUAAAGUAUUAAAAAAAUGAGUGUAAGUAAACCUUGAAGUUUUGAAUACUGAAAUUUUCCUUUUGAUAUUUUUAAAUAAACUUUGGAAGAUUUACUUCCCUACUGCGUUAUCCUGAGUAAUAAAACAUUAAUUUGUUUGCAUUUUGGUAUUUUGAAAAACAAUUUUUGCCAUUUGAAACAAUUAAAAUUUGCCAUGAAGUGUUUCACCCGCGGUAUCGAGUCCUCUUAACUACAUAUAAAAUUCGUACGAAUCGAACUUAAAAUAGAAAUAAAAUUAGUAGCUCUUGUUUUUAUUGCUCUCAUGCUUUAUAUAAGUUAAUCUCAAAUUUUAUAAAUUAAUUCAUUUAGAGGAUCAUUUAUAGAGGGAUUAAAUGUUGAACUUUGAAGUGUAAAGUUAAUUUUAAUUUGUAACUAAAUUUUCUGAACGCGAAUAAAAAGCAUACUAAUCCGCAAAACAAGUAAAACUGAAUACGUAGCUGCCUGCAUUUACAUUCUUAAAUCAGAGUCUAACAUUAUACUUUCGCGAGUCAAGGUGAACUUUUAAACCUAGUUCAUAUAACUUUGAAUAAAAUUCGGCACAAAUUGAAUUUAAAAUAAAAGCUUUAAGUCAUUAUCUAGAUUUUUAAAAUAUUUUUUAAGCCAUUCAUUGAUUAUUACUUCUUAAGUUUACUUCUUAAAAUUUGCGUUGAAAUCACUUCAAAAAAAAUAUAUACAUAUUCAUAUACUUCUAGUCUUAAUUAAAUACUAAGUGAUAGAGAUCUCACGCGCAUCACUCAAGGAAUUAAUUAGUAUCUUUAAAUAUUAGUUUUUUUUUCUCAAUUUACAAAAAAAAAAUGCCAAUAAUGAACUUUUUCAUGACAAAUGAUCACUUGAAGCGAAGCGUUGCGCUGAGAGCAUUUAUCAAAGAAUGUCGGUUGUCGCAGAUAUGGAGAAAUUCAGUUCACGACCAAGGCAGAGUGCCAAAGAAUCAGCGUGUGUGACUGGUUUAUUAUUAAUCAUUUUUACCAAAAAGCAUUUUUUGAUUUACCAUCAUAAAUAAGAUAUAAGCCUCCAGGAAGUGAGGUACGCUUCAUUUUAUCAUUACUUUCGGGUUUUGUUAAGCUGUGAUCAUUGACUUUUAUUGAGAAAAACUGCAAGUGUGCUUCAUACAUUAGUCUCAGAAGAAAGCGGAGUUAGUGUAUAUUUCUUCAUAUCCUUUAUCUUUCAUUUCUUCAAAAUAGAUGUAUGUCUUCAAUGUAGAACUUCUUUUCAUGUUUUUGCUGUCCCCAAUAUCAACAUGUUUUUCCUCUGGUUAAUAAUUUAUGAGCUAAGCAUAUGAAUGAAGAGCUCCCCUGCUGUUUUAAUAAUAGAUUUAUAUUCUAAAGAAAUUGUAAAAACUGAGAAAUAUUUCUGGUAAAUUUUGUUUUGCAAAAAUAACCAUUUUGCUAUAUGUCAUUCAUCCUAAUACCAUUAAUACUAACAAAUUCAUGUUUACUUGCAUUAACGUUUUUUUAGGGAAAGGCUGGUGAUUUUGCCCUAAUUUUCGAGUGAAAAUUUAAAAAAAGAAACUCAGUUUUAUUGGAACAAAUAUUCCUCUAAAUUUCGAAAAACAAGAAAAUAUGUAUCUGGAAUUUCCAAAGUGUUAAUUUUUUUUGCACAUAAAUUUAACUUUAAAUUUCAAAAAACUGUAAUUUUCUGAAUUAGUAACUAACACGAUAAUACAUCCAAUUGAAACCUGAUAAUUCCUCAUAGUAACUAUGAACUCCGUAAAGAAAAUUUUUUCUAGUGCUUUUAUUCCAGUUUUAAUGAAUAAUCUUUCAUUAAAAAAAGUUGUGUACAUAUCAUGAAUUGCAUAGUACUAUAUAGUGAUAAGCCAUACUUUUUGUAAUUAUUCAACAACAGAGCUUUUUUAUGUCAAGCUGUUCCGUAGUAUUGUUUUUAAAAUAGGUACUUUAAGAAUUUAAGAAAUUUCCAAUAAUUGGCAGCUUAUUAUACAGAAAAAAGUAUUUUUGCAUACUCAAAAAUACUGUUUUUCAACAAAAAAGCUCUUUUAAAAAUAUUUAAAAAAAAUAUGGCCUAUCAUAAAGUUGCUCCAAACAUUUCAUGUAUAUACACAUACAUAAAUAUAAAAGUUACAUAAAUUUAUUACUUGUUAAAUUUAACAUAUUACAUUUGUGGUUUAACCAUUAAUUCCUUCAAUUAUUCUUUCAAUUCACAAAAUCUCUCUAGUUUUAUAAUGAGAUCCUGAAAAUAUUUUGGAAAAAAAAUUUUAUGCCAUAAUAAUGAUAUAGUUAUGCCAUAAAAAUAUAAAAUCAGCACAUCUUAAAAAUUUGCUGCAUGCAUAAUUUGCUAUAAGUAUACAUUUCAAUUGACUAAUAAAAUAUCCAUAUCCAAGUUUAUUAUAUUGGGAGCAAUUUUUAAAAGUAUUCAAAAUGGUAUUAGGAUAACUAGUUAAGUCUUAAAGAAUUUCAGGCCAACAAUUUAGGCUAAUAAUAAUUCUGUUUCUGAAUUAUAUCUUUCAAAGCUGUAAAUCCUACUGAGCAUUCUCUUUUAUGUAGUUCUGUGUUUUAAUUAGUUCUGUUUUUAUGAUGUGGUUAGAUUGGUUUAUUUUCUAAGCUUGCAAGACUAAAAAAAGCUGUGUAUAUUGUAACUUUAUAAAAAAAAAUGUGUUUUUGAAUAUGUGAAAAGCUACUAUUUCAUCAUUUUUGCUGAAUCAUGAGCUACGUGCUGUUUAAAAAUCAACAGAAAAGGUUUCUUUUAAUUUCAUUAAAUUAAGCAUUUCGGUAGAGAAAUAAAUUCUUACGUUUUGGCACAAAGCUUAGAAAUUUUAAGGUGCAUUGUUUCUUAAACAAAAAGCUUUAACAACCAUUUUCAAAAAUUUACUCUUAUUAUCUAGUCAUAAUACAUUUCACUGCAUUGAACCAAAUUAUAUAUGUAAAUAAAGCGCACGCUGUUGCUUGUAUUUCAGUAUCGUACUCUAAAUUGUGUUGUAUAAAAUUGUUGGAUCCUUUAGGUCAGCGGUUCCCAGAUGGUGUUCCUCGGAACCCUGACGUUCCUUGAAAGGGUCAUAAGGGUUCCCAGUGAUUUUUUAAAUCAGAAAUAAUUUUUGAAACUUCUUAUUUUAUUUUAUAUUAUGACUUUAUAUUUAUUAUUUAUGAAAUUAUUUAAGUAAAAUGCCAAUAAAAAAAGAAAUGGCAAAUUUAAUUUUAAAAAAAUUCAUUAGUAUUUCUCUUUGAACUUUCCAAUUCAAAACACUAUGACCUAAUUCAAGAAUAACGGAUUUCUUUAAUAACUAUUCUCAACUUUUAUCAGAGUUAUUUUUUCCGUAAUUUAGCUAAUUUUAACCAUUUUCAAUAAAUGCAUACACCAAAAAUAAAUUCAGAACUAGACUAGAUACAAGCCUGCGAGCACAACUGUUUGACAUAAGUUAUUAUUUUAAGAGUUUAAAGGAUGAAACGAUUCUUGAAAAAAAAAUCAUUCUUCAGAUUAAAUAUAAUCAAAAUAAUUGGAAGUCUUUGGUCAAUGCAUUCGAGGCUGCUAGUACAUUUUAUUCAUACUUUUGGGAGUUCCACCAAAAGAUGCUCCAUCUAUUAGUUCCUUAGAGGAAAAAUUGGGAACCGCUGCUCUAGGUUAACAUCUAAAUUAUUCCUUGCAUUAUUUUAUUACGCAAGGUCGGUGGAAAGUUCUAAAUAAAAUGGUUAUAUUUUUAGAACAGAAAUUUUUAUUUAAUCAUAGAGUAGACAGGAUGAGUAUAUAGACAGGUUUUUAAUUUUGUAGUCUGAUAAUAGUCUGCUUCGAAUGUGAGAGAUAACGUGACUUGUAAAUCUACAAUUAUUUACAUCAGGUAAAAUAACUUUUUCUAAGUUAGAACAAAAUAGAAAACAAAUCGUAGCUAGUCAUCUUUUAAUUUUAUGCGAAAAUAUUUUUUAAAAUGUAUGUUUAGUUUUUAUGAUGCUUAUUUUUAGAUUACAUACUUAUCCGGUAUUUUUUAACACACAAAAUUGAAAUAUCAAUCUUAAAUAACCAAAUGGAUAUUUUUAAUUACAAAAUCAAUCGAAAAGCUUAAAUAAUAACGUGUUAAACAACAUUUUUAAAAACUGUCAAAUAGUUCGGUACGAGAACUUAUUAUAGAUGAGUCUAAUUAACAUUAAUUUAUAUUACUAAGUUUUUCAGUGAAAAACAUGUUUAGUAAACAUAAUUUCACUGGCACUGUAUGUUGUAGACUAAUUUUAAAAACUCCAGCUCUUUGCAAAUGUAUCAGGCAUUUUGCAAUGCGCCAGACUCAUUUGAAAAGUGUUAAUCUUUUUACAACUAGUUUUAAGACUUAAUACGAUCAGCUAAUAUGUCCUUAGGUUACUUAAAAAAACAUACUAAUUCUUACAUCCAUCCUGAAUUCGUUAAGGAUCAUUUCAAUAAACCUUUAAUAAGGCUAUUUACAAUGAGUUUUUCCUUCUGUGGGCUUAUUCCAAAUUGCCUAGAAUAAAAUUAAUAUAGUAUUUGAGAAAUUAAAUAAGCUAGAUGAGAGAUGUCUUAUAAAUAGAGUAUAACAGCUCUCUGCAAUUUUCCUAAAAAGUGUCAGGCUGGUUAAAAAAAACACUAGAGAUUUUUCCAUUCAACCUGAUGCAUUAAAAAAUGACGGUGACUGAUUUCAAGAGAGCUGAUUAUUCAUGUAACUUUAAAGUUGAUUUUUACACAUUCACUAAAAUACCGCUUAACACGUUCUUUCGAUAAGCUUUUCAAUUGUUAUUGCUUCUUAACAUGUGAUAUAUCAAAAAUAAAUAUACUUUGAUUUUUUGCAGAUACUAAUUUCAUCAAAAGCUGUAAAUAGUUUUGUAUAUUUAUAUUAUGCUUAUGAAUUUUAUAUAACAGCAAUUAUAAUCUAUAACGAUGUACUUAUUUUAAAUUAAAAACAUUUCGAUUAGAACGAGUAUGAAGCUUGCCAACUGGUAGAUAUUGCAAGCUAUACCAUUACGUGACGGAAUAUAAUUUUUUAAAUAUUCUUGCAUGAUCAACCGCCAGUAAAAUUUAUUCUCAUAAAAUUUUGUUUUUUUAUUGAAUAAUAAUUUGUAAACCAGCUAUAAUUUUGCUAAAGAAGUGUACACAUUAGGUUUACACAAUUUUAUGUAUUUGUUAUUUCUAGUCUGAACGAUAUUCCUAAAUUGCAUAUAAUAAAGAGCUUUCUCAUCAUCAACAUUAUGCUACUGACUUUCAUAAUGCUUUAAGAGACAGAAAUACGAAAAUGGGUUUUUGUUAUGUGCUCAUAGUUACAAAGUAAUAAAGAAAGCUUUAGAAGUAAUAAAGAAAGCUUUAGUGAUUUCUCUGAAAUCAAUAAAGUUCUUUCUAAAAUGUAAAACGAUUGAUUGAAGAUUUAUCUGUCAGACGAAUAUGCAGAAUGAAGUAAUUCUAUCAUAUUCAAUUUUAUUUCCCUUAACAAUUUAAAUUUUUAUGGAAAAAGUAAAUUAUUGUCUACUGCAUAUGUACUUAAAGUGAAACUGUUCUUUUCUUGUAAACAAUAACGUGUGUUUUAACAAACACAACUAACUGUAAGUAUAUAUUCUAGUCAAAAACUCUAUGUACUGUCGUGUCAUUCAAUCAUACGACUGGGUGUUACUUUUACAUAAGAUAUCACGUAAGAUCUUAUAUCAUUGAAACUUUUGUUUUCUGUGGAACUAAAUACUAAAUUAAACACGAUCUGGAAAAAAUGCCCACUUAGAUCACCAGAUUUAAUAACCUGUAAUCUCUUCUGUUUUUUUACUCUGAGGAACGUAAAAAGAAAUUUUUUAAAUAAUAUCUAACCCACUAAAUGAAUCUCUUUUAUUAUUUUGCUUUUUGCCGAGCCGGUUUUUUUGACGUAUUGAAUUGCAAUGAUUAAUUGGAAGUUUAAAGUAACCAUCUUAAACAACUGCCAAUGUAUCAACGCACAUUCUACCCGAUGAUAUAAAUGAACCAAGAUGAAAUUAUGGAACGGGAUUUUCAUUGAUAUGUGUUGGCUAAGAGGAAAAUAUUAUUUUUUUAGUGGGAAAAAAUUAAAAACAUUAUAUAAAAUAAUAAAUAUAAAGGAAUCCUUUAUUCCCUAAUGACAAAAGCUUUAUGGAAUAAAUAUUAAGUUUUGCAUUUCAAUGUAAUAGGAUCGUACGUGAAAUCGCAAACUUUGUGUGAUGCUUUAAGAAACUUUUGCUGAAGGUCGAGAUGUGUAUAAUAAUAUUGGAAAUAAAACUUUUUUAAUGAUA